AUGAAGUCUCUCCGAUUCCUUAGUGCCGAAGCAUUCGUGUCAAAUGCAGAGUUUGCCAGGAAGAGUCUCAGCGCUGUUGCCCAUAAUCUUUUUCCUCUUCUUUUUAAAGCCAGCUAUUUACUGGAGCAAGGGGAAGUGAUUCAUGACUUGGUAGAGAACUGGCCACUUGUUGACUUUAACAUUGGAAAACUUUUGGGAGCUACUGUGGACUACCAGGAAGACUUGAGCCAUAGAACAUGCUCAGUGUGCUUGGAAAGCUGUCUAACAGGGCUGAGAGACUAUGUGCUGAAUAAUUUUUCUCCCUACAGGAAAAGGUUGAAAGUGGUUGACCUGACAGGUAUAAAAGAUGUUGAAGUUCAGUUUUGUGAGUGCAAGAAGACAAUGGGCAGGUGGGCCAGGACGCAGCUGCUCUCCAAGCUUUGUUUAGAACUGGUGGUUUACCUGCAACAAGCACAGUGCAAUCCAGGUACCUUUGAAAUCAGUAUUGAUGUGCUAAUUGACUUGUUUGUUACAGAGCGGAACUAUGAGCUGGUCGUGGAGGCCCUGUUGAAGAAAUGCUGUUGUCCACUGAAGAUCUGCUGUGUGGCAUUCAGAUCUGACAACCUGACUUUGCAGAAAUUCUUCUACAUCAUAAAACUCGCUGAUCCCUCGUUAUUGCGCAAACUGGAAAUAGUUCAUAAUGUUCGCUUGGAAAUGGAACACUUGGAAAUACUCUUCAACAGUAUCCACUUCCCUCUAUUGAUGUCCUUGACCUUGCCAGCACGAACAUUUAAUGUGCAGAGGUUCACAGCUACAGAUGAACAGAUGCUUACUAAUAUUGGAGAAAAGAUGGGUGAAAUGACGCAGCUCACUGAGCUGUGUAUGUCAUUUUCUAUACUCACAGGAAGAAUACAGAAACUGCUCAGCCCACUAAAAACUCCACUGAAGAUGCUGGAUGUUUCUAACUGCUCACUGAACCAUGCCGAUAUGGCCUAUUUAGCCAAUAGCUUCCAUGCUAAUCACUUAGAAGCCCUGGACCUGAGCGGUCAUGAUAUACCUGAACUUUACCCAUCAACAUUCUUUAAGCUGCUCAGCCAUUCCUCUUCAGUGCUCAGGAGUCUUACCCUGGAGGACUGUAACAUCCAAGAUACUCAUGUCAACAUGUUGAUUUUAGGUUUAAGCCCUUGCCAGAAAUUACAUGAGUUUAAGUUUGUGGGAAACCCACUGUCAUCCCAAGCACUUAAACACCUUUUCACAUUUCUCUGUGAAUUGCCAAUGCUGAAAAAUGUGGAGUUCCCAGUUCCAAGGGACUGCUACCCUAUUGGCAUCACCUACCCCAUUGAUGAUGCCAGUGUUUGCAGAUUUGAUCACCAAAAAUAUGAAAGUGUAGCAGAGGAGCUUAACCUCAUUUUACUCCAAGCAAAUAGGGAGGAUGUGAAGGCUUCAACGCCACUCUUUGGAAGUUAUGACGCAGCUGUUCAGGAGACGAACAACGAACUGGGAGCUUACUUGAUCAAGUCCUUCAAAGAGACUUUAGAAAAGUUCACUACUUCUUUUAACAAAAUGAGUUGAAGUUGUAACAUAGUGGUGAUGAUAAUACUCUGUCAAAUCAGAAGUUAAUUUAGUCUUUCCUAGAACUGCACCUUCAAUCAUCAGUUGUGAAUUUUCUUUAAUUUUUCAGCUGAAUUUAUUAUUGUUUGAAUAGCCUCUGAUCACCUGAGGUAUUGUAACUCAUGAUAUAUUUAUUGCAUGCACCUUACAAAGCACUACAUGCUCACAAGAGGGAAGGACACUUAAUAGCUUAUUAUUUUAUACAAAAGAACUUUGUUUCUCAGUAUAGCAAUAAGUAUUUAAGCUUGACUGAUUUCUUACACAGGUUCCUCUGGAUUUGGCAGUGAGGCUUGCAGCCCUGCAGAAAAGACAGGAAUGUCCUUUCUCAAGUCCAGCAGGAUGUCCCAGAGGUUGUGCACAUAUCCUCACCUGUGGCUCCCAAAAUUAAUUUUUUUUUGCCCUGGGCCUUCUGAAUUCACCAAUCUGUGUUUUAUCCAGUACACUCCCAAUAGCGGGGACAUGUCCCUGUGCCUCUCUUUCUUGGGCAGAGGCAAGAACAAUAAACACAAUUUGUCUAAUAUAUUGUGCUGGUAAGGAGUAAAAUUCCUUUCCAAGUAGGUAGCAAACCAAGCAGUUGGCUGACAGGAGAGGAUCCCACCCCACCUACCCCAGAAAUAUAAAGCAGCCUAUGAGGACUCUCAUGGUGCUCUUGCAAUGUGUAUUUUAGAAUGGUAGACCAGGACAGUGCUGCACAGCCACGCUUGUCAUGUUAGCUGGUAAGUGCCUCAAGCCACUCCCUUCAUGGAAUCAGCUUCUUGGCUGGUAGAAUGUACCCUGCUGCUUUCAGGUGCUUUAAAGAAAGUCUAGGACAGCGGUAAUGCUGAAAAAAGAAGAGUGUUGAAAACAUACGUAAAAAAAAAAGAAUCUAAUGUCAGUUUAAAAAAUGUGGAAAAGGGACAAGGCUGGUUGCUCGGUAACUAGAAGUUCAUCUGUGUACAACACUGCCUUCUUCUGUCAGGACUGUGUGUUCUGCUACAGACUUGCAACCAGUGUCAGGAAGAAUCACAUUUAUUUGUCAAGCUCCAGUGUAUAAGAGUGACAGAGUAAACAGAAUCCCAUACUUCACAUAUGCUGUGUUGGAGCAUAGGUGAAGGGGUUAACAGGAUGUCGGGAUACAGCAGUAGGGCCAAAAACACACAUCUGAAGAGUACUAUAAUGGGGGAUGAAUGGCAAAGAACUGUCAUAGUCUACUCAGCUUCUCACCAGUAAAACUAGAGACUUGGUUAGCUUCUAGGUAAUCAAAAAAAA